CAUCCGCUUCCUCGCUUGCUUCUUCAACCAGCUCUCUCGCUCUCCCUGCCGUACGAACAUCCACCUGACCAAAAUAUUCUCUCUCUCUCUCGACUCUCGCCGUCGUCCUCCUCGAUCAGCCCCAUCCCUCUCUCCUGCCUCCUGGACUAGCUAGGAACCCGCGAGACCUGAAGCGCCGCCCGCCUGCCGGCCUGCUCAGAGGGAUGGUUCACUUGCCGCACAUGGGCAAGCCGCGGCGCGGGGUGAAGAAGGAGGUGGUGGACGACGCGGACGACGCAGCCGCGGGGGCCGAGGCGUCGCCGUUCCAGAAGAGGUCACGCCUCGCGCAACUGCAGCAGCAGCCGCAGCAAUGGACCUCUUGUGGCGCCAGUGUGUCCAAUCAGCAGUCAUCACAGCAUGAUUUCCUCGAAGAGCCUAGCCCACUCGGCCUGCGGCUUAAGAAAAGCCCCUCUCUGGUGGAUUUGAUCCAAAUGAAGCUUCUGCAGGCCGGUAAGGCCAAAGAAUCCCUCCACUGUGGCACUGCUAGUGCAUCGGAGAAAUUGAAAGCUUCCAAUUUCCCUGGUUCUAUUCUAAGAAUUGGAUCUUGGGAGUGGGUAUCGAGGUACGAAGGAGAUCUGGUUGUGAAAUGCUAUUUUGCGAAGCACAAACUUGUGUGGGAAGUACUGGAUGGCGGCCUCAAGAGCAAAAUUGAGAUUCAGUGGUCUGAUAUCUGUGCACUUAAGUUGGUCUGUUCUGAAACUGAACCUGGGAUCAUGGAGAUUGCUUUGUCUAGACAACCACUUUUCUUCAGAGAAACAAACCCACAGCCAAGGAAGCACACUUUGUGGCAGGCAACCCCUGAUUUUACAGCUGGACAGGCAAGCAUGCACAGGAGGCACUUUCUUCAGUGUGCGCCUGGAAUGAUGAAUAAGCAUGUGGAGAAGCUUGUUCACUGUGACCCACGUCUACGCUCGCUAAGACAGCAAACUGACAUCAAAUUGGAGAAUCCUUACUUUGAAUCAAGAUGUUCCAUAUUUGAACACCCAGAGGAUGUAAAGUGCCAAGAUUUUGAACUUAAUAAAGAUGAAGAUGAUCAUUUUGGCCCUGUAAGAUUUAGGGAGCCAUUAUUGCCUCGUCCUGCAUUGGGUAGGAUAGAUGCCGAAGGAAGACUGCAAGCUGGAACAUCAGAUGGCUUUCCUCGGCAUUUCCCUGAUUCAGUUACUGGCAAUCAAUCUACUAAACAAGAUGGUGCUUCCGGCGAACCACAAACAAACAUUAGCUGGAACGGUUUUAAGUUGUCAGGGAUCCGACGCUCCAUGUCCAAGAGUGAGCUUGCAAACCACAUUGGGAACCAAAUGUACAGACAAAUGUAUCCAGGGAACCAGCCUGCAGUUGAUGGUAGCGAAGGCACAUCAAGUAAGGCCUUAGACGACAUAACCCGGUACCUCCUGAGCGACUCCCAGAUCGUUGACAGCGGUGAUGGCUCAACGGGUAAAGUAACAUUCGAUGAGCUGACCCGGCAACUUCUGAACGACUCCCAAAUCACUGUCGCUGCUGAUGAGAGGAUGCUCAUGUCAAGGGUUAACUCUCUGUGCUCAUUGAUCCACAGAGAUUCAGGCACAGGACAUACAAACCCUACCCUUCAGGGGGACAAUGAGAUGCAUGAGAGAAAGCUCCAACCUUAUACCCGGCCGGUUGGAGGGGACGGUGGCGAUAGCUCAUUGCUGUCGAGGCAACGGUCAUUUGGGGAUCUCCUUACGCAUCUCCCACGCAUCUCAUCGUUUCCUCACUUCUUGUGAGUUUGAUACCAAGAGGCAAAUUGCAUGGGGGGUAGCGCAUGUAGGUUUGAGCAUCCCAUCGUUUCCUCACUUCUUGUGAGUUUGACAUCAGGAGGCAAAUUGCAGGGGGGCAUGUAGGUUCGAUGGACCCUUUGGGUGUACAAUUUUUGCCGGGAAACACUAUGUUCUGUUUGUUUUAUGUACAUAGACAGGUAGGAUAAUUGUAGGCAAGCCCUCUUGGCGCCAUGUUCCCUAGGUUCUGUGAUAUAUGUGUUGUCAAUUAAUGAAUCAAGUGUGUAUUGUAUUGAUGGUGAUUGAGAUUAUAUCUAAAGGAGCAGUUACAACUU